AACUAGGUACAUAUCGGGUAUCUGUUUAUAUGUAUCCUCGGCUACGAAACAAUCAACAUAUUUGAACCAAUCAGACAGCGAAGCAGAGAGCGUAUUAUCCAGGGUAUAAGAAUUCGAUUAGAAGACGAAGCACCCGAUCAGAAACUGCCCGUCAACUGAUUUGUUCAGCAGGAAAAAUGUGGAGCAAAACAGUUUUUAGUGUGGCAUGUUAUGGACUUUUUUCUGUGAUAUGUGCUCUGACAACGGAUACGUCUGAUAUACCGAAGUUGAAGUUGCUAUGUGGAAGAGGCAACAUCACUCAAGGGAUGGAAAAUACCAUCAAGAGUAUUUGUCGUUCCAAUUACAGCGUAAUGGCCCCGGAAAUAUCAACCAUCCCGAGCGACAAAUUUCCAUUAAUGUUUGUAUCGUACAUCAAGGACGAUUCGGGGCAAGAAUCUUCUCGCGUUGAGAUGGAAAUAAACAGUCCAACUGACCUAAUGGACAAGGAUAAUAUAACAAAAUUUGUACCAGUUGGAGUUAUGGCCCUUUCUGGAAGCACGUGCUCUAUUAGAGGAGCUUCAGUCCAUUUUGAACUGGAAUCUACAAAUGGAGCUCUCUUAUAUCAGGCCCAGGUCAAGCGCAGAAUCUGGUGUGACAACAGCGAUGUUGAUUUGGCGAUGCAAGUGACUGGUGGAGAAACACCGACAAUUUACCUGGAUGGAAUAAACUCCCUAAUGACAGCUUUGUCCGGGUCUAAUGUUGAGGUGGUGGCCAAAAACCUAGGCGGAGACUUUCAGGAAUUCGUGACAGAGGAAGGAAAAGUGCCGCUCGGGAUAUUUGCUGCAGCGUUCGUAACAAAAUAUCGUAAAGGAAUGCCACUCACAGAAACAGAAUGUCUGAAUAAUGUCAAUCAUUCAGUACCAGAAAUUACUGACAAAGAUAUCAUUGUUGCACAUGAACUAUUCACUGCCAAUGCUGACCUGCCAUCAACAAAAAUCUCUGACCUAGUGAAGUUGAAUGACGAUGAACUGGACAUUUGCGGUGAUUAUGUGUUAGUACUGCUAAUUGACGUUCUGAACACACUAGGGAACGAAGGAAAUCGCUGCAACAAUUUUGUUACUUUCCGUAUAAAUUCUACGAAAAAAUGUGAUUCAGUGCAUCCACGUUGUGAAUUGAUAAGGAACGCAUGGACUGAUGGUGAAGCACGAAUUGUUUAUAGAGGUAAACGUGACACGACAAUGGAACCGUAUGGGAAGUCAUUCUCAUUUCAGGACGAAAAACUAGAAGAAGUAUACGAGAGCAUGCAAGAGAAGAUGUACAUGAAAAAUGCAUAUGGUCGGUUGAAGCUUCUGAGACAUUACAUAGAGAAACUCGUUGAAAACAGUCCUGGAUUAUGUACCGAGUCAUCUGAUAUGGUACACAAAAUGGAAGAAAAUGCAGAUGACAGUGUCGUACCAGAGGAAAAUGAGCCAACACUACCAAGUUCAGUUCUGAACGUUAUUGAAAAACUUAAACAACUAAGCGAUCCAAGUGUAGACAGUAGUACCAUUGUUUUGGAAUUUGAAAAUGCGCUCAAACAAUUAGAAGCUCAAACUACCGUUGGCAAAAACCUUUAUGAAAUGCUCGUGCAUAAAAUGGAAAUACAUGCGUUGGGAGAAGCAUUACAUGUCAUAUCUGAAGGUGGCUCUACUACGGACACUAGUUACUGUGACUUACCGGGACGUUUUGAAGAAAUGCAAUGGAAAUACACAGAUGGUCAAGACAUACAUGAAGAUAUGUUCAAUCUUGCAGGUGAUACUGUUUCGGCCUUUGUCAGUAAUCCUGGCUUAUCCUGUCUGGAGAAAAUUCUCAAGCGUUUUCUAAUUUUUGCUGAAAAGGCUGAUGCAAGUGAGGUAGUCGAUCCCGCGUAUCUCACAGCUGACGAAGAAUCGGUUGCUAAAGAAGAUGAUCUUAGACAUUGCGCAAAACCAAGCAGGUGUAUCAAGAAGCUGCAUAGAAUGUGUAACGCUAAAGACAUUUCCAUAUGGCAGGAAAUUGACGAAGAAAGCAAAUCUGAAAUUUGUAAGAUGUAUGUGAUGAAGAAAGUGGCAAGGGAAAGUUUUAUGACAUUGGGUAUGCCGGAUAUAUACAACAAAAUGAAACACUACGAUGACGUACAAUGUAACCGGGAUCCUCUAAAGCCAGAUCAAGCCGGACCUCCAACAUAUUGGAAAGAGAUGACUGAGAAUGGACGGAAAUACAUUAUGCAUGGUAUGAUGAAUGAAGAUGCUUCGAAAAUAGCUUGGCGCAAAAAAGCUGUAUGCAGCUGUACAGAAUGUGUCGCAGGGGGUAUGACCGGAGAGUCUGGCGGUGAAACACCAACUGAAGGUGGGAACGAUGGAAUGAUGCGCAGGAGGAGAAAAUAGAAAAUAAAAUAAAUGAAGUUUCUUAAUCGAGGACAAGACGAAUAUACCGGGAAUUGAAUUGAUUUUUUAAGAUUGAAUUAUUAGUGUCUUUCUUUUAAAAUAAAAGGGAUUUUUAAUGUCUUACAAUCAGAUAAAAUUGAUUAUUUUUAAUAUUAAACUUUUUAAGUAGAACUUACUCGUAUAACAUUGAGCGAAAAAGUUAAAGAUUUGGGAUACUUUUAACUAUUCUAUAAUUGAACAAUUAAACUUCCUUUUUGUGAUCGUCAUUAAUAGCAUACAAGCUUACUUAAAAAUCUAUCAAUCUGCGAUUUCAAUAAUUACAUUUCAAAACAUAUAAUUUGCUAUGUUGAAUAAGUAGAUCAAGUAACUCUUAUGGCCAUACAUUUCUUUAAAAAUGAUUGAUAAAAGGAAGAUAAAGACUGACAUUUUAUACAUAAAACUUUAUAUUACUGGUAUAUAUAAGGGUGGUCGGCAUUUUUGACUUGUAAUAACAUUACAAUGUAUCUUUAUAUUUUCUUUAUAUUUUUCAAUGAUAAAAUGAUAUAUUCCACCAUGAGACCACUAUAAGAACUAUAAAUAGUUAUGAUAACACCAACAGCCCUUUUCAGGGCUAACCUUUCAUAUUGUCACAGGUUACUGUACAUUUAGGUUCUCAUUGACCGCCGUACAGUGACCUACUCUUGGCUCAAAAUUCAUAUCUUUGGCUAAUACUCCGUGGAAAUUGCAUGGAGGUAAAUUAUCACCUCUUUGUGCUUCAAAAUUAACUCUUUAAGGGCAUGACUGGUGAUAUGUCCAGGGUCCGUACUCGACAGCGAAAGCUGCAUUUUGUGCCCGAAAAUGCGGAUGGACCCUCAUUAAGCUUUAACUACAUACAUUUGUCCAAUUGAUAAAUAAAACUGUAAAGAUGAGGAUGAUUAUUUUUUCUUGUACAUAUGUUUUACUUUUGUAAACGCUUUUCCCAUCUAUACCAUUUCGCUGCUAAUAGACGGGUGUAUUCGUGCAAUCUCUUUUCCUACAACACAAUCAAAACAAUUAAAUCUGUGCUAGGGAUAUAAAAAUAAUCUAUAUGAUUAAUUGACUUUUGUAUCGUGUUGAAAAUAAUAAUAUAUAACAACAUAUAUAUAACAACAUGCUCUAUCAUAAAGGUAUAGUUUGAUAUGAUUUAUCUAUGUAAGGUUAAAAAUAAGAAACAUUUUUUCACUUUCAUUUACUACACACCAUGACAAAUACAGUUUAAUUUUACAGUUACAACUCUGGCAGCGAAUUAGUGUAGUAAAUUUGUUUUUGUAAGUGUUGUGAGUAAAUCUAUAUUUGUUAAUCAUCUUUUAGAAAACUAACAUUGUUGUCAAUAUCUUAAGCUCCACAUGUCUUUAGUUUAAUUCAAAAAAGUACAAAAAUGAAAAAUUAAAAAAGAAUCUAUCAUAUUCAGUAACUACAACAGAAGGGAAUAAUAAAAAAAGUUUUUGUUCUUAUUGUAAUACUGUAUCAGGCUAUUAACUAUGCAACAGAAAACAAUUAAACGAUAGAUUACUAAUUAAAAUUUAAUAUCCUAGCUUUAAUGUUGACGCAAUUAGCUUCAAGCUACUUAGCACGGUUUUGAGAUAACACUUUAUUGUGAAAGAAUUGAAGAAAUAUUUUGUUUAAUUUCCAAAUGUUAAACAAACAUAAUUGCUUUGUCUUUUUCAGCAAUACAUAUGCAUAUUUUCAGUAUUGAAAUCAUGCCUGUAUAAAGGAAAAUUUUAGAGGAAACAUUUAAGAUAUAUCAUGAUCAUUUCAUGAUAAAAAUCUGAACUGUGAAUAUUGAUUAUUUCUAUAGGCUGUUAAAGAUAAGAAGUAUUUUUCUUUCAAUUUCAUAUAUCUAUAUGUAUAUGCUUAAUGUUUUUGUGCAUAUAUAAACAACAAUAUAAAGUUGUAAAAGUUGGUAAAAUAUGAAAAUUGCGUCUGCUGGGUUGCGUUUUUAUAAUUGUAUUAAAAUAAAAUAUUGGAAUGUUCUAGCAAGUUUAUUUGACUUACAAGAGAAAACACCAAACCAGUCAAAUACAUUCUUACAACGCAUUAUUUGGGUAUGCCCUUUUUAUAAUCUAAAAAAAUAACACAAUCGAGUAGCCUGUGAUUGCAUAACACAAUAUAUUAGCAUCAUAAUUAAGUCAUCAUGACCAAUUACAGAAUCUCAUUGAUAAUCAAAACUUCUUUUUUAAAAUGCAUAUGUGACAAUUUGCAAUAUGGCAAAUUAAAAAAACACACUAUGUAACAAAUAGUGUAAUAUCCAUUUAAAUCAGGAAUGUUGUUGUUUAUAUAUAUGUUUAUGCAAAUUGUUAUACGUAUUUCAUGUGUUACAUGUUGCUUACUUCUUAUAUUGCUUUUUACGCAAUUAUUUCACUUGUUUAACAUUUUAAAUUCUGUCAAACUCUAACACUCAAAUAACAUAAAGUAUAUAAAAUACAACUUGGAAUGGCAUACAGUUUUAUUCUAGCUAAAAUCUAUGUCUUAUUUCCAGAAGACCCACAAAUACAAUAAUAGACAUCAAUAUCAAUUAAUUAUCAAUAUAGUUAUAAGAUACUCUAUUUUCUGGACAUAUAAUAUCAACAUCAGAUGCCGAUAAUGUUUCGGACCGUAACAAUGAUGUAAUUUUGAAGAAAACAGAGUUUAAAAGAUCUGCAGUUCCUUUAAUGCUAUAGUGCACCAUCGUAUAAUUCACAUUGCUAUCUCGUUAGACGGUUAGACAUCAGCAACUAGCUCAACGCAUAGUAUGUUUUAUGUAAAAUGAAAAUAUAAUAAUGUUUAUUAUGUAUAAGAGCUAUUUUCCAAGAAUAACCAUCAUAUGUUUUUAACCGGGUUUUUCGUUUAGUUCUUUGUAAAAUUGUUUAGAUUAUCGAAAAAGCGCAUAAAGACAUCUGCAUUGUGGAUUUAUAUAAUAAGAGGUACUUUGGUUUGUUGCAUAACUGUAUCAAUGUGUACCUUCAGUGAAAAUGAUAGUUGAAAUGACACAAUUUGUAUUAUUACAGUAAAUAUUUCAAUUGAUUUAAGAGUAUUGAAUUUAAGUAUAAGAACUGAUUUUGAUUUUUAGAUUGCUUGAUAAAAUAAGCUAACGUUGGCAAAAUUACGCCUUUGAGACAUUUAUGGUAAAAUGUAUUUUUUUAGAAGCUUAUAAAUGUAUUUUACUUAUCUGUGAUAUUCUUGUUUGAUCAUUUGUUUGUUCUGCAAUAAAAGAUUCUUUGAA